AUGAUGAUGGACGAUUUUCCAACGCCGAAAGCCGAUGAAGUUAAAGAUCCAAAGAAAAAUUUUAAUGAAGAAGAAAUUAAAGGAAUUAUCAAAGAAGUCGUAGAAGAAAGCAUUUUAAAAGAUUCUGCUUAUCUUCAUAGUCGUAUAUCGAAUUGGAAUGCUACAAUAGUCGAUACAGCUGUUAAAAGAUUAGCUUCUUUAAAUAAAUCUUUUAAAUACAUUGUUACUUGUACAAUUUUUGAAAGAAAUGGAGCCGGCAUACACGCUACUACAACUUGUUAUUGGGACAGCAAUCAUGAUGGAAGUACAACUUAUAGAUAUGAUACCAACAGUAUGCACGUUAUUGUUAACGUUUGGGGAUUAUGUGUUUAA